CAGCCCCCACGCAUCUGCACGGCAGAUGACUUGUGAAAGCGAUUGUUUUCGCACGACGUCACGUCACAACAUGCGGGAAACACAAAAGAACACUCAUGUAGGUAUGUAUGUAGACAUCAUAUGUAAGCGGGCGGCCGUGUUGGAGACGGGAGACCAGGCAACCGAGUGACAACAUGGCUACGGACUACGAGUGGUGGUUAUCUAGGGUUUGGCAAGGUCUUGACAACCGUUGCGCUCUUGCAGAAGGACUCCUCCCGCCUACAUACAAGCCCAGUCAGCCACCCAUCAAUAGUUGUCGCUUGCCAUGGCUGUGGCUAUCCGCUCCGAGUCUGGACCUUCCGGGCCGUGCAAGUAAGUACAGGGGCGUUGAGGUUCCAGGUCACCCUCUCUGCAUGCGACAGCUCAACGACACAGCCCUGUCUUUGCAGGAUGGUAACCAUACUGGCCUAGACGUAGAAUCUGGCGAGGAAGCAAAAGUGGUGACUCGUGACACAGGAUGGAGGGAAGGAAGAAAGCUUCAAGUCAUUCGCUUCUUGGACAUCCCUUCUCUCCUCCAAGGGACGCCCCGUGGCCGCGAAAACGGCGGCGGAAUGAGCGGGUCUCGACAACGGGGGCCAUCACGGAAUACAUUGACCGGAGUACUCCGGUCCAAAGUCCAAGAUGAAGAUGUCUUACUCUUCCUGGGAUGCUUGUGAAUGGCACAACGUGGAGGAAAGCCGUGUGCAGCGGCGCUGCCGUGGCUAUCUGCAACCCGC